UGUUUGAUAGUAAGCAUGGCCGCCCAAUAUUUGCUGCAACAAUGUCUUUGCCUCGUUUCAAAGAAAUCAAUCGUUGUCUACGGUUUGAUGACAAAGAACAAAGAGAUCGGCAUAGAGAUAAGCUAGCGCCUAUUCGGUUCAUUUUUGAUAAAUGGGUACAACGGUUGAAAGUAUCAUAUUGUGUUGGCGACUUCGUAACUGUGGAUGAGCAAUUAGUUCCAUAUCGAGGCAGAUCACCGUUUACACAAUAUAUUCCUUCAAAGCCGGCAAAAUAUGGAUUGAAAUUAUGGGUUGCUGCCGAUGCUGAAACUUUUUAUGCAUACAACAUGCAAGUAUAUGUUGGCCGUGAUCGUAAUUGUGCUACUGAGGUGAACCAAGGGCAAAGGGUUGUACUUGAUAUGACAGAAGGUUUGAACGGGAGAAAUGUAACUUGUGACAAUUUUUUUACGUCACGAAAUCUUGCUAUUGAACUCAAAAAGAGGCAGAUUACCUUGGUUGGAACAAUUAGAAAAAACCGGAAAGAAAUACCUCCAUUAUUGGUUGAUAUGAAGAAAAAGCCGGUGCAUCACACUGAAGUUCUGUACGAUCAUCAUGCUCGAGCAUGUAUGCUCUCUUAUGUACCUAAAAAAAGAAAAUUUGUUUCUCUUUACUCGACAUACCAUUCAGCUGUUCAUAUCGAAGAUACUGACCCCGAAAAAAAGCCAGAUGUAAUAAAGUUUUAUAAUCGCACCAAGGGGGGUGUAGACGUUUUAGAUAAGUUAGUAGGUACAUACCGCUGCAAAAGAAAAGUAAAUAGAUGGCCCAUCGCUCUUUUCUGUAAUAUGCUGGAUGUAUCGGCGAGUAAUGCUUACAUAAUUUUCGUGAAGCUGAAUCCGGAAUGGAAUAUUUCCAAAAAGGGUAUAAGGAGGAGGUUAUUUUUGAUUGAGGUUGGCGAAUCCUUAUGUGUUCCAAGCAUUGAGCAACGCAAGCAUAUGCCGCGUUGCAGUAAUGCAGUUGCUGUUAUCCAAAGGGUGAGAAACAUAGCUUCUGAAGGCCCAUCAACAUCGCAGUCUUCACGCCAUUCAAUGUCGCGCACACCUAAGUCUAAUAAACGAGCACGCUGCUAUAUGUGUCCUUCAAAAUCAAACGCUAAUAUUUAUAGCGCAAGAUGUGAUAAGUGUGCAAAAUAUAUUUGCCCCGCUCAUCGAUACAUAUUUUGCGAAAAGUGUACAGAACCUUAAUUUUUUUUUUUGAAUUGGCUUUAAAUCUAACAGUUAUGUAAAAAGGAAAACAAUUUUUUGCUACUUAAUGAUGAAAUAUUUUUAGUUCUACGUUUUGUAAAGGAACACUUUAUAACAAAGUACGUAUCAAUAAAAAAUAGUUUUAUUUCGAAAAUAAAGUUGAAAACUUGAGUUGAAAACGUAUUGUGUCAAAUUGAUA